GCUGCUGCUGCUGCUGCUGGCUCUGCUGGUGGCCUUGGCUGUGCUGGCAGGUAAGGCAGGGGCAGCAGCCUGGGCCCAGCCCCUCGGGGCAGAGCGGGCUCCCUGCUCCCUGCACAGGGCAAUGCUCAGACCUUCUCCUCUUGCCCCUGCAGCACCGCAGGCUCCAGUGACAGCUGCCACUCCGCUCUUGGUUCUGGGCUGUUCCCGUGUCUGGGUUGGCUUCAACGGGGUCUGCUACUACUUCUCAAGGGAUUACGGCACCUGGGAGCAGGGUCAGGAACGCUGCUCCGAGCUGAACGCCUCCCUGGCCAUUGCCAAGGAUGAGGGGGCCAUGGAUUUGCUCUUCCGCCUCUGUGGGAACGGCGAUUACUGGCUCGGGCUGCGCAGACGGGGCCAGCGCCUGCACUGGGGGGACGGCAGCAGCUACAGCUCCCGGUGAGUGCCGGGGAGCCGGGCAGGGCCUGGCCGGACAGGGGCACAAGGUGUUCCCCUGGCAGCCAGCGCUGCCUCUGCUCCUCC